AUGGGAAUCCCGUACCUGACCAAGCAUCUUCUCCCCUACGCCGAUUCGGUCCUACUUGGUGGGGGCCCGGAUGACCAGAACCUAGACCAGACGCCGUGUGUGCGAGCGGUUGUUAUCGACGGCCCCAGUCUAGUUUAUCAUGUCUACUACCGAUUGCUGGCCUGGAUGGGCCCUGUCCAUGAUGUCCUCGAUAUGCAGCCGACUUGCAAUGAAGUGAGUCGGGCGGUUGUGACUUGUCUCGUGGAAUUGUCCCGCCGGGGCAUCGAAAUACACAAAAUCUGCUUCGAUGGGGCUCUGCCCGUCUCCAAGCGAGAAACGCGACGGGCACGAAUUGAAAAGUCCAGGCAUCGACUGGAAUUGUCUCGCCGCAGGGCUCCCACAUCAACCAACGAGUGGCGUGAAGAAGUUACCAUCCCACCCACGCAGCUGUGGCAGGGUCGAAACCUCCCUGCACGUUGGAGAAAUCUCCCCGAGAACCCUUUCAUGGUCUCUGCAGUCUUUGAGGACCUGCGGACUCGAUGGAGUAGAGAGCAGAUCCUACAAGAGACACAAUGUGACCCGAGUCAUCUGCCAGACGGCGAUUAUCCCUGGGUGGAGAUCACAGUGAUGGUCCCGGGAGAGGCAGAUGUAGAAUGUGCGCACGUGUCAAGACUCACUGGCUCGGCCAUCCUCACAAACGACUCGGACUUGAUAGUCCAUGACCUAGGGCCGCAUGGCGAGGUUGUGUAUCUGAAUUCGGUGCAAUUGGUCGAGGACACUGAGGAUAAAGCCAGCUCGCAAAUACGAGCUAUGCGAUUGCAUCCUAAGGAACUUGCUCAUCGACUGGGAAUUAAAGAUAUUCCGCGUUUAGCCUACGAGUUGAACGAGAACCCCCAUCUUGGUUUCUCGGAACUCGUGCGCCGGUCCAAAGAGAACCAGGGAGUGAUAGACCACUCUGAUAAAUAUCAUGAUUUCCUUCGUGAAUACCAGCCCGACACUGAGCGUUCCUUCGCAGUUCGAGGCUCUGCAUACGUCCAGAACUUGGACCCUCGAGUAUCUGAGCUGUUCUGGCAGUACGAGCUCCCUGAGGUCUUUUGUGAAGCCGAUGAACCGCACAUAUACCUAGGGAUUCUCUUCGAGGAUCAUUCUCGGCGAUGUGCCUGGGAAGUUGGCCGCUUUUAUAGAGCCCUGGGUUAUUCACUUCUUAAUCAGGCACAUUCGCCAGCAAGGCAAUUUACCACCAUCUGCGAGUUUGUCCGCCGAGGAACCCGGAUUAUCGCCGAGCAGAUUACCCUAGGUGGCUCCAAGACUGUGGCUUCGGACCUAUCGAUGCUCCAGAAACGUCUAGAUCUCGCCCGGGGUGUAUUCAAAGCUGCUGAUCCGUCAACCUUCUGGGUGAUGUUUGCCAUAGCUGAGAUCUAUCGUGACCCCUCGAGCCAGACUUCACUUCCAGGUGCGGUGCAGUUGGAGCGAUACCUGACAAGAGGAUUCGUUGGAAAAGGAACAGAAUGGACAGACGUCCAUCUUCUUGCCCAGAUUCACGCCGUCCUAUAUUCGCUCCGGGUGCUACAGCAGCUCGUACGCUUCUUACCGGAUGAUAACCUUUCGGGCUCAAACCGGCUUAUGCUCAGCAAUCUUCCCCCUUUGCACAGUCUUCUUCUGUCACGUCAAGAAAUCAUUCAACGAUUCUCAAGUAGUGGCGAGCUGGCUCAUGGCUUGGUUUACCAAUUGUUCAAAACAUACGGCUGA